AUGGACUCUUCUCCUGAAAUUUUUUACUCAGGGUGGGACCCUACACAAUCGACUUCGGCUGACGAGCUCCCUGACUCGCUUUCUCUACCAAACAGUACUCCGACUCCUCGAGGUUUGAACUUUGCCAGUCUGAGCUCGCUUGAUCUUGCAGGCUAUCAUCCGUCGCAAGCACCCUCUCAAACACCAGCUGCCAAUGUACACAACAGUCAAACACAAGCUGGAAGUACAGCAGGCCAAUCGAGUCCUCAGGCCACCCCAACUCCGUCUGAACGAGGUAGAAACUCAAGUCGCGGCCGUGGCCGGCCAACCCCUAUUGGAAAAACUGGUUCAAUGUCCAGUGCGCAGUCAGCUACUCCUCAAGUAGCACCCAAGGCAACCUUAGCAGCGGCUUUCAGCAACUCUACCGACACGCGAUUCCAGAUGGUUGAAUCCCAGAUGACCAUGGAGAGAGAAAGGAUGCAACAUGAAGAUGCCCGAGCUGAUAAAAAGGACGAGCGAGAGCGAUUGGCCGAUGAAAGAAAAGAUAAGCAACUUGAGGCCCAACUACAAUGGGAACGUGAUCAAUAUAACCUAGAGGGGGAUCGAAUGGAUAAAAAGGAGGCUCACAAGAAGGCAAUUCGAGACGAAAAAGCAUCGAUGGUCCGGGAGCUUAUUAGCAAGGGGAUAUCCCCCUCGGAAAUCAAAGCUCUGGUUCGGUUGAUUUAUUCCUGA